AUGCCCGCCGGAAACCCCACCGGAUUCGACAUCAAAGAGUUCAAGGCCGCGGCCUCGCCUCGGUCGGUUUACGCCAAGAGAGACCCCUGGGCUCGAUAUGAGGCGUGGAGAUACACCGGUCCCUUCAGCCGAUUCAACCGCUUCAAGACCCUCUUCCCCGGUCUGGGCAUUGCCAGUGUUGCCUUUGCCGGCUACUGCGCAUACGAACACUUCUUCCUGAAGGACGACCACCACCACGGCGAUGGUCACCACGGCGAGGCCCACCACUAA